AGCUCUAUGGCGUCUCCCUGCCGACGGUGAUUGGCUGGCUGGGCCGGAAGUGGCGAGACGGCGCUUGCAGAAACAAAAUGGCGGACAAACGUGGAGUGAAGCGACUAGGGAAGAGAGAUGACCAAAAGAUGGACUGGCACAGAUCAAAGCAAGGAAAAAAAGAAGAGAAGAAAAAAUGGAAGGAGAUGAAGCUGUUGAAAAAAUUGGAGAAGAGGAGAAUGCGGGAGAUAAUGGAGAAGCAGAAAGAGGAGGAAAAACCAAAGGAAGACAAAGGGCGUUGCUACACGUUGAGUGUUGCCCUUCCCGGCUCAAUUCUCAAUAAUGCGCAGUCGGCAGAAUUAAGGACAUACCUUGCUGGGCAGAUUGCCAGGGCCUGUGCCAUCUUCUCUGUGGAUGAGAUUGUGGUAUACGAUGAACAAGGAGAAGAUUCAAAAACAGUAGAAGGCGAAUUUGAGGGUCUGAAGACAAGAGGCCAGGCCUGUGUUCAGCUUGCACGAAUUCUGCAGUAUUUGGAGUGUCCCCAAUACCUGCGGAAAUCAUUUUUCCCAAAGCACCAGGAUCUGCAAUUUGCAGGGCUCCUGAACCCCUUAGAUAGUCCUCACCACGUGCGGAUAGAUGAGGAAUCGGACUAUCGGGAAGGUGUGGUUUUGGCCCGACCUGUGAAGCCUGGCCAGGGAUCUUUUGUGAACUGUGGGAUGCGGAAGGAGGUAAAGAUAGAUAAGCAGUUAGAGGCUGGCCUUCGUGUUACAGUGAAGCUGGACGGGCAACAGAAUCCAGAUAGCAAAACACAGAAGGGCACUGUAGUGUCCUCACAUCAUCCCCGCACUGUGUCUGGCCUUUACUGGGGCUACACUGUCCGCUUAGCUUCUUGUCUGAGUGCUGUAUUUGCUGAAUCUCCCUUUAAGGAUGGCUAUGAUCUCUCCAUUGGCACCUCUGAGCGUGGGACCUCUGUGGACCAAGCAGCCUUCCCCUCUUUCAGACACGCUUUAAUCGUUUUUGGAGGCUUGCAAGGCCUGGAAGCUGGCGUAGAUACUGACCCAAACCUGGAAGUCACGGAUCCAAGCACAUUGUUUGACUUGUACCUGAAUACCUGCCCAGGACAAGGGAGCCGCACAAUCAGGACUGAGGAAGCAAUACUGAUCUCUCUGUCAGCACUGAGGCCUAGGAUAGUUGAAGCUGUGAAGAAAGGUGGUGAUAGUGAUCUGAAAGAAGGAAGCAAGUCAUGACACCAGAAGGAGAGGACUAAUGGAAGGGCCACAAAGAAAGUAUGUGGUUGGGUGGCAGGGCCUCAUGGCCCUUGUGGAAAACUAAGCUUACAGGCUGGAGGAUUUGUCAACUCUGCCAUGAAAAGACUGGAUCUCUUUGACCUUUGUUUACCUGAGUAAACUGAAACAGAAAGCAAGAGGACAACCUGCUUGAACCAUCAUCUCUCUUUUUCUGGCAUCAAGAAGGGUACAAAAGUUGCCUUUCCUGCUGAAGAGUGAAAACUGCGAAAUGCUUCUGUCAUUUCCAAACGCAAAAGAAGAGAUUACUGCAGUUCCACUUAAAGCCAUUUAAACAAGACCACUCCGCUUUGCCUUUUUCCAACAUAAAAAAACAUCUCUCCAAAGACUUUCUGUGGUGUACUUGGAAAACAGAUUUUCAGAAUGGCAACUUUUGAUACGAAGUGAUAGUGCUGGCUGAGGGAUUGAGAGUUGUCAAAGGUUUUGUGUUUAAAUUGCCAGGAACAAAGACUUUCAUAUAUUUUGGCUACUUUAAGAUGAGAUAUAUUGGACACUUAUUUAAGAUGAAAUAUAUUGCACAUGUCAGAUGCUCCUAUAAAAUGGCCGGUCUUAAGCAUAUGCAGUGGACAUCAAAAUAAAUAUUUUUCUAACUAAA